CAUGUAGCUAUUUCUUAUUGGCAUUUUGUGAUUAGACAGCGGUGGUGUCCGUCUCUGAUUCGGUUCUCCUUUUGUUUCGUAGUUUCCCUCGGUGGGUCGCACUGAUGUAUUCCCGUUUCGCACUUUAUUAUUAACAAUAGAUUUAAAAUUGCGUAGUUGCUGCAUGUUAAUAUUUAUUUUCUUUAGGGUUUUGUAAAUUCGGGAUGUUCUUUUCGUUAACAUGGAGACAAAACGAGGGGAGAUUCCCAGCGGUUUAUUGGACGACCUCUGCAGUCGAUUCAUCCUGCACAUUCCCAGUGAAGAAAGGGACAAUGCAAUUCGAGUGUGUUUUCAGAUUGAGCUCGCCCAUUGGUUUUACCUGGAUUUCUGCAUGCAGAACUCACCAGGAUUACCUCAGUGUGGGAUAAGAGACUUUGCCAAAGCUGUUUUUAAUCACUGUCCAUUUUUAUUGCCUCAUGGAGAAGACGUGCAGAAGGUUUUAGAUCAAUGGAAGGAGUAUAAAAUGGGUGUCCCAACCUAUGGGGCAAUUAUUCUUGACGAAACACUUGAAAAUGUACUGCUAGUUCAGGGUUAUCUUGCAAAGUCUGGCUGGGGCUUUCCUAAAGGUAAAGUCAACAAGGAGGAGGCUCCACAUGAUUGUGCUGUACGAGAAGUGCUUGAAGAAACUAGCUUUGACAUCCGAGAUCGCAUCUGCAAAGAUAACUUCAUCGAGCUGAAAAUCAAUGAUCAGUUGGCUCGUUUGUACAUAAUCCCAGGGGUACCAAAGGAUACAAAAUUCAACCCCAAGACAAGAAAAGAAAUAAGGAAUAUUGAAUGGUUCUCAAUCGAGAAGCUUCCUAGUCACAGGAAUGAUAUGACUCCAAAGUCCAAACUUGGACUAGCUCCAAACAAGUUCUUUAUGGCCAUUCCAUUUAUUAGACCACUUAGAGAAUGGAUAACAAAGAAGUAUGGAGGGUCUUCAGACAGCGACAAUGGAAUCAAUUCAACAGGCAGUACUCCAUCCAAACCUCACAUGGACAAAAUCCGAUCCAGAGCAAGGCAAAAUCAAGUGUUUCCUGAUGGAUCUCCAGGAGAGCUGUGGGUUAAACAAAGGCAGCAACCACAAAAGCCAUUCAACCAAACAAAUCAACAGGAGCUGUCUGAUAUUUUAAAAAUGAAGAACCAGAGUCUGAAGGGGAAUGGUAAAAAGCUGCACCAGGAUUCCCCUAACAUGAAGAAAAGGGCAAAUGGGGUAAACAAUCAACAGGUUAAACCUCAACAGUCCGCAAAGCCAGAGAAGAGGCUUCAACCAAGAAGGCUUCAGGACAACUUUGAAACAGAUGCAGUAUGUGAAUUAUGCAGCUCCAAUGAUGAACAGCCACUUGACCACACAGAGAGGCCGUUUGGUGCAUGCAGUGGGGACUGUGAAUAUGUUCUCUCUUCCAGGGCUUUUCUUGGCUUCAAGUUUGAUCGGGAUGCUAUCAUGAAGUGCUUUGAGUUAUGAUGGAGUGAAUGGUUUACAAUCAGGAUGGUAAUAGAUUUGUAAUCAAGAUCAUAUUUUGAAGGACGUGCAAAGGCAAAUUAGAGGAGUAUAUCGAUUGUAAUACGUUUUUAAAGUAGCACAAUGCAACAGAGUUGCAGGAAGGAACAAUUCAGUUAUUCUGAGUAGUUUCUUGCUAAUUUUAUAACAUUUAAUUUAGCUUUUCACUCACUUCAAAAUAGGAUAGUUGGUGUUUUUUUUAUAAUAAUAAUAAUAAUAAUAAUAAUAAUAAUAAAAAAAAGCCUUUCUCUCGCUCUCAGGACUUUGAAGAAAUGAGGGGUUCUUAAACAGCUGUGAGGGAUUAUGUCCUGCUUGAAGUGGGAGGAGCAAACUGUAAAUGCAUUCUUUUUUUUUUCCAUUGAAUUGUAUACCUUUUCAGUAUUUAAACUUUUUUUUCAACCUGAUAGAAACAUAAGGGAAUGGUGGACAACAAGUUGUUUUCACAAUAUAUUUGCACACAUUGUAUUUCCUUGCUUUACAUUGAGGAUUGUGUGCUCUGUUAAAGUCAGUUUUCAGAGCCUUACUAUGGCUUAUAAUUAAGUGUUGAAUUUGGCAACGCAUCUUCUGAACUACAUUGUUUACAGAUAACUAAUUGGGAUUUUAAAUGGAGCAGAAUGAAUCCUUUGCAGUUGAUUUCAUAGAAAUUAUUCUUCAUUCACCAUCCAUUUUGAUGACACUUCUUUUUUUUUUUUAAAUGGAGGCGGUUUUUAGUGUAGUAUCUUUUUUUUAUACAGUGCAUUUUUUUUUUUUUUUUAGUGUAUGUAGCUUCAAUUACUGUUGUGGAUUUCAUUUCUAAGUCUUUGUUUUUGUUAGGGGUCUGUAACCUUACAGUAGUAUUAUGUUACUUUUGGUGAAACAUCUACACUAUUUAUUUCUGGGGGUGGAUUUGUAAAUGCAGCUUUGGGAUCAAUGACAAAUGAAAUGCAAGUAUCCUAGUUUUUAAAUAUUUAAUUGCAAAAUAUCAAAACAAGACACUGACUGAGAACAAUUCAAAAGAGUACGACUCUGCAACAUCAUCAAAGGAUCAUUUAAGCACUCUGUACUGUGUACCUGCACAUUGUUUUAUUGUAGUUUCUGUUUUCUUCAGUGCUCUUAGGAUUGAGGUAUGUGAACCUAAUUUCUUCCUCUCCUGGUUAGCGUAGAUCACCUGCAUUUUAUUUGGAUCCAGGUAUUCUGAGAUCUUGAAACCUAUAAGAUAAGCAACAUUUACUAUGGUUGUACGUAAUUAAUAAGUGUGCUGCUGACAAAUUCCCUCCACAGCUGUGAAUUCAAAAUGAUAAAGUAAAAUGUGUGGAGCUACAUCCACGCAUUUACAUGUAAAAAAUGUAAGUGUGAAGCAUACAUCCCUAGAUAAUCGGUGAAUUGCUGAAGAACAGCCAUGCCAAGUUUGAUCACAAUUGGAGAUGUGGUUCUCCAGAUAUGUGCAGAAUGUGACUUAUCUUUGGGCAUCUCCAUAAUCUCCCCAGUGGGGUUAAUACACACGUAUUAAUCAUGUGUAAUAAACAGGUACACGUUAACUUGAGCUACUAACAUGGAUUACAACAACAGUUUCAAUUUUCCAAAAGAGCAGAUCAGUUACAAACGUUAGUUUUAAAGGUAAUCGCUAGGUAAUUUUAAAUUCGAUACAUGUUGUAGUAGUGCACAUAUUUGUUAUUGUACAGGCUUUAACAGUGUGAAAUCAAAUCUAGAAAUCAUUUAGUGUAAAUGACUAGUAAUUCUGGAGACUGUAGUUUCCCUCUGAAUAAAACCUGACCACAACUUAAAAGUAAUAUUUUUAGUCAUUUUACCUUUUGGUUUUUUCAUGUAGGCAUCUCAUGGCUCACUCAUGUUCCUUUAGAAAUUAAUUGUAAAGACAGUUCUUAACACCAAGUAGCUUUCCACUGAACUACAGUAUCAGUGUGUGCUUAUGUGGCAUGAUGUGUUGACCUUGACAUCAGUGUGGUUGUAGACAGAAUCUAGUCCCAUAGGUUUGAACCACAAAGCUGACUCUAUAGUGAUGACAAGUGCAGCCAGUUUUUAAAGUGCAGUGUGAAUGAACUGUGUGUAUACAAACGUCGCUGUAAUAAACCUGGUUUAAAAAAUAAAAAUUUGAGAAAUGUUGUAGCCAUGCUGAUCAAAACAGAUACAAAUGAGAGAUGACAAAAGCCAAAAAAGAAUAAAAUGAAAUCUUGGUCUUUAUGUUGAAAAAUGUGAUACUGUUUCUACCUCAGAGGGAGUCUGUAAUCUUCUUUCUCUAGGUGCAGAUUUAUUUAAUAUUUUACAUCCAUUUGAAAAAAUGACUGAUCUGUUUGUAUUGCAGGGUUUUUCAGUUGUGAUUCCUUAGUUGCUCGGUUUAUUAUAAUAAAAUUUAAUUAAAAUAAUCCUCAGUUGCUAACCUCUGAAUUACAGGUGUGUGCUGAUGCACUGGUAAUAGGCAGGAACACAGCUUUUGAAGGUUUUACAUAUUUAAGCAGAUGGAGAUUUCAUGUAUAGUAUAUUCAGAAGGUUAUUAAUCAUUUGUUACGCAUAUGACUUGAUCAGAAUGAACCAGUGUUUUUGUUUUUUUUUGACAAACCCUUACUUUAGUGGAUGUAAAGACAGCAUUACUGCUCGGAAUGGUAAUGACACACAUUGUGAGAUCUUAAUACUGCAGCCAUAAAGUUAAUGAACCUGGUCUUUUCUGGAUCUCAUUCCAGUGUUGGUCAAUAAAGGCUUUUGUGGAAAUGCAUUGCAUGCAUUAUUUUGAUUUGUGUUAACAUUUUGAUUCCAAUUUAAUUCAGUAUGUUAUGUGCUUGAUUGUUGACUGAAUAUUAUUUUACUAAAAUGGUGGAUGUACGUUUAACUUAUCUAGUAUUUCAUGCUUCAUUGCGGAUUUGGCAGAAUUACUCAUUGUAAGUGUAAAUGUUUACUGCAGUUAGUGUACACAUUUAUCUGUCAACAUGAAACUGUAAAGUAACUGGUUUAUGAAUACCACAAAGCUAGGGACUAGAUGGGCGAGGAGUUUUUUGUAUUUUUUCCCAUUCCCUUUUCUCAAACUUUUAUUAAUGGUUUAUAAUUAUAAAAGUGCAUAGAAAUUGUAAAAACUGGAAGAUCUGUCAAUGUAUUUUAUCAAAUGCUUUGAAAACUAUGCAAAGUUAUUUUCAAGGCAGUUACAUUUUGAAGUACACGGUGUUCUUGUUUUGGGGAGGGGGCAGAAUACUAACAUAUAGUCUUACUCAAAAAAGCUUCAAACGCUUGGCUUGACAUUGUAAACACAGGGUGUACUGAAGUAAGCCUUUUUUUCCCAAAUGAGUUAUUUUGUUUUAAAGGCUUCAGUAAAUCUUGGACUCGGAACCUUCUCUGAACCUCUGGGUUUAUGAGAGAGGAAUAAAAUUGGUGUUUAUCUGCAGAGUCAAAAAGGUAAUCUAUACCGAGCAUUAAAAGAAACUUAUCACUCCUUGACCAUGACACGCUUGAGUGACUAUGACUAAAACAUACGAACUUAAGUCACCUAAUUAGUGAGACAGUUGAUUGGACACUGGCUAUUUCAGCUGUUGAAUUGCAAGCUUGAAUAAAAGCAAUAAAGAAAAUGAUAGAAAAAAAACCCAAUAUGCCACAUCUGGCAAGAGAGCAGUACCUUUGUGCAAUCGGCAUGUUGGAGGCUGGACUAGGGCAGCGUACUGUGGCUCGUCGAAUUGGGUGCUCGCAGCCAGCAAUUUCAAACUGGGCGAGACGAUAUAACCAGACACACUCUGUUAAUGACAGGCCACAAACUGGGAGACCAAGAGUCACAACACCUGCCCAAGAUCGACAGAUCAUUUUGCAGCAUCUUCAUGAUGUCAGUUGUUAAUCAGCACAAUAAAAAGUCGCUGCACCUGCUCUAAAA